GAAGUGAGGAGUGAUCAACUAUGCUCUAUGCGGCGCUCAACAACUACGAUGGUAUGAAUGACAAGAAAAACCGAUCGGAGCACGACACUCACAAAAGCCAAAACCGAAGAGCCGACCGCUUUUUUUGCUGCUCUCUCACUGCAACACACGCACUCACUCUCCGACACACAGAUACGUUCGUACUAACUGCGAGCCCCGUGGUUUUCAUUGAUCCGCACACAUUAAAUUAGUGCUUUUCUUUGUUAUCAUCACAAUUUUUGUUUUCCUCCUCGGGAAAGAAGCGCUCUGAGUUUUCCAGAGAGACGAGCUGCGAGUGGAAUGCAGAGGCGCAGGUGGAUUCCAUUGGUUCUCCUAAGGAAGUUGCUUACUGCGGCUAUAUGCUCGAUCGCGUUUGUGGCGCUUUUCUCUGUCCAUUUUCACGUAGUCCCCUCUUCCAAAGAUCAAAAGUUCAAUGACAAGAUUUCCACGCCUCGUGACAGGCAAAGCUGGACGAGAGAGCUGGCUCCGCCCCAUUUAUCCAAGGCUCCACUUUCUACUCCCAAGCUAAAUAAUGUCAGAGGGGACUCAGACUAUGACAAGCUGUGGAAGCCUCCUUCAAAUCGCGGGUUUCUUCCCUGCAUAAAUCCUACGUAUAAUUACACAACUCCAGCCAAGUCGCAAGGUUACCUACUAGUUCACACAAAUGGUGGGCUCAACCAAAUGCGUGGUGGGAUAUGUGAUAUGGUAGCUGUAGCUCGUAUCAUAAAUGCAACUCUUGUAAUUCCAGAACUUGAUAAAAAGUCAUUUUGGCAAGACAGUAGCAAUUUCUCAGAUGUUUUUGAUGAAGAGCAUUUUAUAAAGUCUCUAGCUAAUGAUGUAGAAAUCGUUAAGAAGCUUCCAAGAGAACUGGUUAAUGUUACCAGAAUAGUCAAGCAUUUCAGAAGUUGGUCUGGUAUGGAUUAUUAUGAGAAUGAGAUUGCCAGCUUGUGGGGAGAAUACCAAGUCAUUCGAGCUGCCAAGUCUGAUUCUCGGUUGGCAAACAACCGUUUACCUCCAGAUAUUCAGAAGCUUCGCUGCCGUGCUUGUUAUGAAGCACUUCGUUUUUCUCUGCGAAUUGAACAAAUGGGAAAAUUGUUGGUGGAGAGGAUGAGGUCAUUUGGUCCUUACAUAGCACUACAUUUACGAUAUGAGAAGGAUAUGCUUGCAUUUAGUGGGUGCACACAUAAUUUAUCUCCAGCUGAAGCCGAUGAGCUACGAAUGAUCAGAGAGAACACUUCCCAUUGGAAGAUAAAGGAUAUUGAUCCCAGAGAACAGAGAUCCAAAGGGUUUUGCCCAUUGACCCCAAAGGAAGUUGGAAUUUUUCUUACUGCUCUUGGAUACCCAUCGAAGACUCCAAUUUAUAUUGCUGCUGGGGAGAUCUAUGGGGGUGAAUCCCAUAUGGCAGAACUUCGUUCCCGCUAUCCAUUGUUAAUGAGCAAGGAAAAGUUGGCAUCCACUGAGGAGCUUGAACCUUUCUUAAGUCAUGCUUCUCAGAUGGCUGCUCUUGACUAUAUAGUAUCUAUUGAAAGUGAUGUAUUCAUACCCUCUUACUCUGGAAAUAUGGCAAGGGCUGUUGAAGGUCAUCGCCGUUUUCUAGGACGUGGCAGAACAAUAUCUCCAGAUAGGAAAGCACUUGUUCGUCUGUUUGAUAAGCUGGAUCUGGGAACGAUAACUGAGGGGAGCACUUUAUCCAAAAAGGUUAUUGAUCUCCACAGAAGACGGCUUGGGUCCCCGAGAAAGAGAAGAGGGCCAAUUUCUGGGACAAAGGGUAUGGAUAGAUUUCGAUCAGAAGAAGCCUUUUACGCUAAUCCUUUACCGGAUUGUUUAUGUCAGACAGAGUCACGAGUUGUAAACUCCUCCCACGUAGAUUCCUAGGUGCAAGGGAGUGUGUUUAUAUGUAUAUACGGAUAGCUUUGUUAGUUAUACCCUUUUUCUUUUUGAAAGAAUUUAUCAUAGAAUAGACAAAGAGGGAUAUACGGUUUGAUGUAAAAUUUAUAGAUGGGGAUGUCAAGCUGGGUAGUUCUGAAUAGGGAUUUGGAAGAUGCACUAUCCAUUCCCUCAGUCAAGAGGGGCCUUAUUUUUGGAGACUGUGGAGUGACUCAUUGAGACAUUGACACAUAAUGUAAUUGUUCUGAGAUAUCUUACAUAAUACCACAUUUCCUUCUUGCAA